ACGAUGGUAGACAUUUUAAAUCUUUUUAGUUAGAUUCGUGAUCUUUAUCUAAAUCUAGAUCUAUACAUUUUAUUUUCUGUCGCUAGAAAGAGCCUGGCAACAAAAUGGAUUUGUUUAUAUUCGCUAAAAUGGUCAUAAACACUACAGUAUCUUUUAGACUACUCCCUAGAACAGAGUAGUGUUGUGAUAAAAAAUAAUACAGUUUCAACCUUACCUUAGCGUAUUCAGACUGUUUUAAUGAGUGGAUAUAUUUACAUUUUGAUAUCUUACUAACAAGUUUAGAUCUGCUUGCCUUGGACGGCUUGGACUUGUCACUUGGUCAGCCUUUUGCAGUUUUGGCUUGGGACUUGGUCAGUCACUCAGUGUGACUCUAAAAGAUGAGGUUACUCACCCUGGUGAGUAUUAUGUUUGGCCUGGUCCUAGGUCAAGCAGGUCAAGAGCCUGAGCCUGCAGAAUGGAAAGAUUUUUGGCUGUUUCGUCUGGCACUGAACCUGUUGGGCUACGCCACUAUCUUUGUUCCUGGCUUCCUUCUAAUCAAACACUUGAAGAAAAUCAAAUACAAUGAAAUAGCAGGUCCAGGAUGCAUUCAAAAUUUUCUAGUCCUUUGUGUAUUUGGUAAAGAGCAGCAUGUUAGUUUAGAGGAAGGAGGGCUCAAGUCCUCCUCUGCAUCCUCAAAGAAUGAUGAGUCAUUUUCCAAACAAGCCAUGCGCCUGAUGGUGUGUUUUGCCGGACUUCAGAUCUCCUAUUUAACCUGGGGUGUCCUGCAGGAAAGGAUUAUGACUAUAAAGUUUGGAACGGAAGAGGAUGGUGAAUACUUUAAAGACUCCCAGUUCCUGGUCUUCAUCAACAGGAUUCUGGCAUUUAUCAUGGCGCUGAUAGUCAUCAUGCUACAAGCUCAGCCGCCGCACACUGCCCCUCUCUACAAGUAUUCGUUUAGCUCUUUCUCUAACAUCAUGUCUUCCUGGUGCCAGUACGAGGCUUUAAAGUUUGUCAGCUUUCCAACUCAGGUAUUAGCUAAAGCUUCCAAGGUUGUCCCUGUUAUGCUGAUGGGAAAAAUUGUCUCUAAGAAAACUUACCAGUUCCAUGAGUACCUCACGGCUGUGAUGAUUUCUGUUGGACUUUCCUUGUUUCUCCUGACCAGCGGGGAUGUGACUAAGCAUAAGGACACAGUGACCACAACCUCAGGCCUUAUAAUGUUGAUAGGCUACAUGCUAUUUGACAGCUUUACCUCAAACUGGCAGGGUGAACUAUUCACUCACUAUAAGAUGUCCAGCAUUCAGAUGAUGGCAGGGGUCAACAUGUUCUCCUGUCUCCUGACCAGCGUGUCGCUCAUCGAACAAGGGGGCUUCAUCGAUUCUGCAGCGUUCAUGGUCAGACACCCAGAAUUUGUUUGGGAUGCUGUGAUUCUGAGUAUCUGCUCAGCCAGUGGCCAGCUGUUUAUAUUUUACACCAUUUCACAGUACGGUGCCGUAGUAUUUGUAAUCAUAAUGACUGUUCGCCAGGGUUUUGCCAUCAUGUUGUCGUGUCUUAUAUACGGUCAUCCUGUCACGUUUAUAGGCAUGCUGGGUAUUAUAAUUCUAUUUAUUGCACUUUUCUUAAAGAUCUAUAUCAGUCAACGGCAGAGGGCUAUGAAGAAAGCAUUAGCAGCCUCCAGCAAUGCUGGAAGUCCGAAAGCAUGACGCUGGCAUUAAAUGAGCUAAAUUAGAAUUUUAAGAUAUAGAGCUUUUAACAUUUGUUCAUACUUUAUAUCAUAUCUUAUACAUAUUUGUAUAAAGACAUUCACUGAACUGUCAGUUGUAUCUACAGGAAGAUAUAAUGAAUUAUUUAGAAGGAAGAACUUGCAUAGGCUAAGCCAUGUGAAAAUGGACUUUAGUUAAUUUAAGUAUUUUGCUAGCAUUGCUUUUUUUUUUACACAACACAUUUAGACUCAUCUGUUUUUUUAAUGCAAUGAAGAAUGUUGUUGUUUUUUUUUCGAACUCCACUAUUGAUGUGGCUAUUUCUGUAAUGAUUAAAUUAUUGUAUGUAUUUUCUAAUCAAUUUAGUUGCCCUAAUCUGUAUAUUACUUGCCUACUUUUGUCAGCUUUGGUCCAAUGGGAAUUUGAAUCCCAGAACCUUGGCAAGAUCUCUCUAUCACCUGGUAAACUUAAUGGCGUUCUUUUUUACUUAUCUUAUAUAUAUACAGACGUUACUUCAAAAAAGAACAAGGGAGGUUAGACUGUGCUGCUUUAGUUAAUAGAAACUGAAUUAAAGAUGAUAACACUGGGACUAAAGCAUUUUGAUGGUAACAAAAACAGAAAGAAAAACCAUUAUAGAAAGAAAUGUAUCAAAUAAAAAAUAAUUACUCAAAGAACGAAAACUAAAAAUAGAAAUAAGCAUUAUAGAAAGAAAUUUAUCAAAUAAAAAAUAAUUACUCAAAGAACGAAACCUAAAAAUAGAAAUAGGCGUUAAGUUUUGUUUUGCUAAUUAUGUUCAUUUAGAGUAUUUAGUUGCCAUUAUAAAUUUCUUUUAUUUCUUCAGUUAUUUUCGUUAAGGACAAUUACAUUAGUUUCUAAAAGUUACUGCUACUGCUGAAGUGGAGGACAUUGUUAGAAUUACUUUCAUUAAGUCUCAACAUUCUUUUAACACCUUGAGGUCCUCAGAAUUAAUGACACGUCACUGUUGGCAGUUUUGAUCUUAGAAAAAUAGAUUGCUGCAUUAUUUUUUGUGAAUACUUGUGGGUAUAUUUAUAUGUAUGUAUGUUAACUAUAUAUGUUUGUGAGUAGAUGUGGUAUGUGGUAUAUGUAUGUAUGUUAUCUGUGUGUCUUUGUGUGCAUUUGUGGUAUAGACAUAAUGAAUGAGCUGAAUGUGUGACCCAAAUGUUUCAAAUUUAAAUCUUUAACAGUCUGGACUAUUAUUUAAACAUACUUAAGAGGUACUUUUGUAUUUAAAAAGUCAUUGUGAAAAAUCAAGAUCAGUUACCUCUUUUAUUACAGACAUUCAUUCUAUGAAAAUAUUCUGUUAUAUCUGUGUGUUGACUAGGUCUCACAAUGUUCAGUCAUUCAUUUUCCUGGUUAGUGCAAAAAUCUUUUUUUAUUUCUGAACUGAGUUUAUUAUAUAUAUAUAUAUGUUAGUCCAAGAAGGUGCAAUAAGAACAGUGUUCUGUGCGCAAAGGCUGAAUGAUGUCUUGAUUAAGUAAAUUUCUUGCUUCUGUGGAACUAUUUCUCAAUAUAGAAUUUAAUAUGUAUGUCUAUCUUGGUUGAACUGGUUCACCAGAUAAGAGGUAAAGAGAUAUUUUUUUUUCUCAAAUCAUUUAUAACAAAACCUAUUCCCCAAUUAUGUUUCAUUUUGUGUGCCACUGUGACAGCCCCGUUGUAUAGCCCUAAUAUGAGCUAACAAAUGUACUAGUCAAGUAACAAAAAAUGUAUUCAACUUGUGAUAUUCUUAUGUUUGUGUUUUUACUUCAUUUCAGUCUCUAACUUUGUGUUUCACUAUCUUAGCCUGGAUAAACACAGUGAACUAGGAAUAUGAUAUACGCUUAUGUAUUUCAACUUCACUAACAUUUAUGACCAUAUUUUAUUUUACAAAGGUGUACAAUAUUUAUACAUUUUUUGUUGUUAUUCUUUUAAUGAAGGUAUUUUAAUGUUUUUUUUUAAAACACUUUUAUAUUUUCUAUUUAACAAGUCCUAAAAUCCUUUUUUUUUUUUU